AUGUUUGAUAUUAACAGAAGAAAAUGUGAGCGAAAAUGUUUUUUUCUCUCCUUCUUUAAAAUAGAAACGUUAUGGAAAUACUGCAAAGCAAAAUCGGAACGAGCCCAACCAAUAAGCUGUCAAAUUAUCUCUCGCCCACAUAGUCUGCUCGUGCGAACGAUUCCGUUGGUUUUGUUCGGCAGUUCUCGCAAGAUCACAUUUCUAUCUAUCUAUCUAUCUAUCUAUCUAUCUAUCUAUCUAUCUAUCUAUUUGAUAUCACUUUCUUUACUUGAUCUCUCUCUCUCUCUCUCUCUCUUUAUCUAUUUCAGUUUUCUCUAUCUAUCUAUCUAUCUAUCUAUCUAUCUGAUUUUUUUCUUUAUCUAUCCAUAUGAUCUCUCUCUAUCUGCUCCUACUUAUUUCACUCUCUGUAACUAUAUCUCUUUCGUCCUUUUGCUGUCUACUGUCACCAUCUCUCCAUUCCUUUCGCCUGCUUUUCUCUCUCACCAUCGCUCUCCUUCUCAUUUUUUCUCUCUCAUUCUCACUCUAUUUAAAUUUCUUUCUUCUCCAUCUCUCAAUAUCCCCCUCUCUCUCUCUCACAUGGUAUUCUGUCUAUCUAUCUGCUCAAUCGUAAAUGCGUUCCAUUCGAUUCUACGUUUCUUUCGACAUUUUUGCCUCUACUUUCAAGAGAAGCUGAACAUCUAUAUUUACUCCUAUCUCUCUCUCUCCCCUCACUGUCUUACUAUUUCUCUUUCAAUCCUCCCCUCUGUCUCUCACUAUCUCUCUCUUUUAUUUCCCUCUAUUCCCAUUUAUCUUUCUUCGCCCUAA